AUGGAGAUCGAAAAACUGUGGUCCAAUGUAAAGACCACUAUUGUCGAUAUUAUUUUAACUGAACUAUCGCCAAUUAGGGAAGAAAUUGCUGCCUUUAAACAAAGCAUAUCAUUCAUGAGUAGCCAGUACGAGAGUUUAUGCAAAAAAAUCGAUAUGAUGGAUAGUGAAGUCAAAACACUCCAGGCAACCAAGACGGCUGUUGGCGAGAUAAAGAGCAGUAUUAUUGAGCUGGAGUCUCAAGUGAAUAACCGUGAGCAGUGGGCUAGACGAUCCAAUGUCGAGAUCUACGGUGUACCGGAAAGAAAAGGCGAAAAUUUAAUGCAUAUUUUGGAGUGUGUUUCUAAGCGAAUUGAUUUCCCUCUUGAUAUCAGCCGCGAUGUGGACUUCGUAACUCGUGUGGCAUCCAAGAACAGCGACUCUAAAAGAACCAAACCUAUAAUAGUGCGAUUUUUGGCGCGCUAUAAAAAGGACGAUUUCUUGAGUUUGGCGAGAAAGUUUAAAUUUAGCGCUAACGAUCUUGGCUUUAAGGAUGACAACUCUAAAAUAUUUUUCAACGAUCACCUAACGAGUGUUAACAAGUCUCUUUUACAGCGAGUUAAAGUAAGGGCUAAAGAAAACAAGUACUUGUAUACAUGGGUUAAGAACUGUGCUAUUAUGGUGCGCCGAACAGAUACUAGUCCUAUCAUACAUAUUUCGAGCGUUUCGGAUUUAAACAAAAUAAAGUAA